AUGGAGUUGGCGUGGUGGCCCAACUCCUUGGUCUCCACGGCUCCGCCGGUCAUCCUCAGCGCAAGAGACGUGAGGUCGCCGAUCAAGAAGAGCGCUAGGGCUACAAGAAGCACGGCCCUGGCAACGGCGAUCGCUUGCAUCCUUGGCGGCUCGCAAACAGUCAGUGAAAGCUCCCGCGGCCUCCCCACCUGCCGCUCGCCCGCCCCACCAGCCUUCUUAAUCCUCAGCCUUCCUCCUUGUAUUUACAUUUCCUCCGCUGUCACCGGAUUACAUACGGUACGCACUUCUCCAGACAUUAAUAGAAAGUGGAAUUCAGCUAGACACUCAUGUUCUCUCGAACGGGCGACAAUGGAACGAAGAGAUUUCCGGAAGGUUGGAGUGAGAGCGGAUUCGAGGCUGCCCAAUGUAAGGAUCUGCGCUUUCGCAAUUUUCAGAUACUGUUCACUGCUAACAAGACUCCAUGGUUUUCUCAUACGCAACACGCUUUGA